AUGCCAACCGAGCAACUGGAAAUCACCAUUGCAAAACGCUUCAAACUCCUCCGCUACCUAGGAGGCGGGGGCUACGGCGAAGUCUUCCUGGCCAAAGACCUCCAAACCUCAACAACCGUAGCCCUCAAACUCGAGCCCCUAAGCACGCGCAACACAUUGGAGCACGAAAACGCAAUCUACACCACCAUCCGGGGCCCGGGGAUCCCGAAAGUCUACCUCUACCGCCCGCACAUCGACGACUACCGGCUGCUAGCAAUCGAGCUUCUAGGCCCGACGCUGGAGGACCUGUUCAACUACUGCCACCGACGGUUCUCGUUGAAGACGGUGCUGAUGCUGGCGGACCAGCUGCUGUUGCGGAUGCGACAUAUCCAUCGCGCGGGGUAUAUCCACCAGGAUAUCAAACCUGAGAACCUGUUGAUGGGGGCUGGGAGGAAGGGGAGCACGCUUUAUAUCAAUGAUUUUGGGCUUGCAAAACGGAAGAUUGUGGCCACGAGGAAUGUGAAGUGGUUUCAGGGGAAGAGGGUUAAGGGCGUUGUGGGGACGUAUGUUUAUGCUAGUCGCGCGGCGCAUUGGCGGUUGUAUCAAACGUAUCGCGAUGAUAUGGAAUGCGUUGGGUACACGCUCGUCGAGUUCUUGAAGGGCAAGUUGCCCUGGGAGCAUCUCGAUCACUCGAAGCAUCAGCCUAUCCGCGAUGCUAAGGAGCGCAUCUCUGUCCGGGAGCUGUGUGCCGGUUUACCGGAGGAGUUUGAGCGUUACUUCCACCAUGUCAAUGGGUUGCAUUAUAAUGAGAUGCCCAAGUAUGAGUGGCUCCGUGGGCUGUUUCGGAAGUUGUUCGCCCGGCGUCGCUAUGAGUGGGAUAAUGUGUUUGAUUGGACGGAGAAGAGAUUUCAUGAGAUUAGGGCUGAGUAUGGUGUGGAAAGUGAGGAUGAUUGAUAGAUUGGUUCGGAGGUAAUUUGGGUGCAAGGUGUUUUGGGUAGAGGGGACAAUUGGUUGUUU